GCCACCUCAGCCACAAACGAAGGCUCUCACAAUCUGUUAUCCAUCCUUCGUUCUUCAGAAUAUUCCAUAAUGAAACCCUAAAACGAUUCCCUAUUUUCUCCUCCAAUCACAUUGCGCCACCUCAUUCGCCCCUCUCCCCAUCUCCCCCCUCUCCCAUUUUCAUCUUCCGUCCAGGUGUGUCGUCCUUUCACACGCUUCCAGAAAGUUUCAGAAAAACCCCACCCAAAAUCUCAACCCUCACUUCCCUACUCUCUUCCUUUUUCGUAUUACUCAAUUCUGGGUUGUCUUCGUUUUCCAGGAAUUUCUUCUCCUAAGCUUGUUAUUUCUUUUGAAGAUUCUGAGUCUACAAUGGUGGUAACUGAUGCUUCUUCUUCCAACGCCUUUUCCUUUAUUUCCAAAGGAUGGAGGGAGGUUCGUGAUUCAGCAGACGCGGAUCUUCAGCUGAUUAAAGAUAGAGCUAAUUCUUUCAAGAAUUUAGCCACGUCUUUCGACCGGGAAAUUGAGAACUUUUUUAAUUCCGCUUCUAGUUUCUCUGUUCCUGCAAUUGGUUCCGGUUCUUCUCCUCCUGCUGAGAUUGAGUUUGUGAAGAAAUUGCAGCCGAAAAUUUCCGAAAUUCGUAGGGUCUAUUCCUCGCCGGAUUUUAGUAAAACUGUGUUGGAGAAAUGGAAGCCCAGGACGAGGAUUCGGAUUGAUUUGUCUGCUAUUAAGAACGCGAUUGUGUCUGAGGUGGAGGAUGGGGAUAGGGUUAUUGAUGGGGAUGGGGUGAGGAAAUGGAAUAGAGUGAGGUUUAGGGAGUUUUGGGGAGAGUCGAGAGGAGAGAAUGAGAGCGAGGAUGUGCACGUUAAUAGGGACUGGGAGCCUAUUCAAGCGUUGAAAACGAGAUUGAGGGAGUUCGAGAAGCGGAGUUCAUCGGCUGAGAUGUUUGAGGGCUUUAAGAAUGGAGACUUCGUGGAGAAAGUGAAGUCGAGCUUGAGAUCAAUUUGCAAGGACCCUGAAGACUCAAAGGAGGUGCCGCCACUGGAUGUACCAGAGCUAUUAGCAUCUUUAGUUAGACAAUCUGGAUCGUUCCUUGAUCAAAUUGGCAUUAGAACAGAUGUUUGUGAUAAGAUAGUGGAGAACUUGUGCAGCAAACGCAAGAAUCAAUUACUAUGGGGCUCCUCUACCGGAGAAACCUCUGUUAUAGAAAAUGAUAACAUAAAUGAUGAAUUGGAUGCAAGGAUAGCCAGUGUCCUGGAAAGUACUGGUCAUUGUUACGAUGGUGGAUUUUGGACUAGUCAGGGAAAGCACAUACCAUCAGAUGGGAAAAGGCAUGUUGCAAUUGUCACGACAGCUAGCCUUCCAUGGAUGACAGGAACAGCUGUAAACCCCUUGUUUAGGGCUGCAUAUUUAGCACAAUCUGCAAAACAGAGUGUAACAUUAUUAGUUCCUUGGCUUUCCAUGUCAGAUCAGGAGUUAGUUUAUCCUAACCAUCUCACCUUUAGUUCUCCAGAAGAGCAAGAGACUUACAUUCGUAAAUGGCUUGAGGAAAGAAUUGGCUUUAAGCCCGAUUUUAAAAUUUCAUUCUAUCCAGGAAAGUUCUCUAAAGAAAGGCGGAGUAUCAUACCUGCUGGAGAUACUUCUCAGUUUAUUCCUUCCAAGGACGCUGACAUAGCAAUCUUGGAAGAACCAGAACACCUUAAUUGGUACCAUCACGGCAGGCGUUGGACUGAUAAAUUUAAUCAUGUUGUUGGUGUGGUACAUACAAAUUACCUGGAAUACAUUAAGCGGGAGAAAAAUGGCGCUUUGCAAGCAUUCCUUGUGAAACACAUAAACAACUGGGUCAUCCGGGCGUACUGCCACAAGGUUCUUCGACUUUCUGCUGCCACUCAAGAUCUUCCUAAGUCCGUUAUUUGCAAUGUCCACGGUGUAAAUCCAAAAUUCUUAAAAAUUGGAGAAAAGGUUGAUGAGGAUAGGAAACUUGGGAAUAUAGCUUUUUCAAAAGGGGCAUAUUUCUUAGGGAAAAUGGUCUGGGCAAAAGGAUAUAGAGAACUAAUAGAUUUGCUGGCUGAGCACAAGCAUGACCUUGAUGGGUUCAAUUUGGAUGUGUUUGGAAAUGGAGAGGACGCCCAUGAGGUUCAGAGUGCAGCUAAGAAGUUAGAGUUGAAUGUGAACUUUUUGAGAGGGAGGGACCAUGCAGAUGAUUCACUUCAUGGGUACAAGGUUUUUAUAAACCCAAGUGUUAGCGAUGUGCUCUGUACAGCUACAGCUGAGGCUCUUGCCAUGGGGAAGUUUGUAGUGUGUGCAGAUCAUCCAUCCAAUGACUUCUUCAGGUCUUUCCCCAACUGUUUGACUUACAAAUCAUCCGAAGAUUUUGUUGCUAAAGUGAAAGAGGCAUUGGAAAACGAACCUCGGCCUCUUACUCCUGAGGAAAGAUACAACCUCUCAUGGGAGGCUGCUACUCAGAGAUUUUUGGAGUAUUCUGAUCUCAACAAAGUCUUGAACAGUGAUAAAGAACUAGAAUCAAACACCAAUAGGAAGGUUAUCAGGAAGUCGAUUUCAACACCUAGUCUGACAGAAGUUGUUGAUGGCGGUCUUGCAUUUGCUCAUUAUUGUCUUACCGGUAACGAACUCCUCAGACUUUGCACCGGAGCAAUCCCAGGGACCCGUGACUACGACGGACAGCAUUGUAAGGACUUACAUCUCCUGCCUCCUCAGGUUGAAAAUCCAAUCUAUACAUGGUAAAAGCAGAUAGACAACAAACUUUUAUCUGCAAAACUGUCUGUGAGGUAGAAAAAAGUGUUGAAAACAUGUUCUUCCUUGGAUGCAUAAAUUACCAAUCCAAAACAAGUUUAGAUAGGUAGAUGCAUAUUCAAGGAUCAUUAUUUUCUCUCAUAUAGGUUUUGUAUGCCUUGUAGAAUAGAAUUAGAAUAGUGAAUAUGUGUCUAGGAUCUGCUGGUUAUGGUGUAAGCUGUUGGGCAGUGGAGAUUUACUUUGUAGUUAAAUGGAAGUAUAAGUUUGUAACAUAGAAAUGACAUUAUUUAAGUAGUCUUGAUUGUUGAAUAAGUUUGAAUAGUGUAUUUGUGUGGUUCAUGUUACAAUAUACAUAGUUUAUAGUUACAUUCCCA